AACCGGUUCUGACGCAUUUGUGCUGAUGCGUUCGUAAACCGCAAAACUCGGAUCAGCGAUCAGUAUCACCUCCUGGCCUGUAACAGUGAUUUCAAAAGUUCUGCGAUUAUGUCCGAUUCGUUGAUCAAGAGCGGUGCUAGGAUCCAGGCCUCGUCCAACGACGAACGCUUUCCCCCGAAGAGCAUCAUUGAUGGGUCAAAGUUUGAAACAGGAGCGACAUCUAUGCAUUUUUUGACAGAACUCGAAAGAAGAGAGAACGAUUUGAACGUAGAGGAGCUCGUUAGCGCCGAGUUCACCGCGACGCACCUCCGCUUCACUAUCCGAGCAGCAUACGAUCAUUUCUGCUCCGUCCACAAAGUGACAGUCGGCGAGCUGAAAUCGGCUUCCGGAACCGGUGCAUCAACAGAAGAAAACAAUUUACUCAGCGUCGGACUGGACACUGCCCCAAAAUUAAGCCCGAGACACCCAAAAAGUGCCAUGAGACGACGUGAAAGCACCGUGCCCAGCAGACGAUCUCCGAUUAACCUCUUGACAGAAGACGACGAGGAUGACAACUACAAUGACCCCAUUGACAAUGAAAUGAACCGACAUUCUGUGCGGAUUGUGGGGAACACGAAGCUGAACCCGAGACCCAAUCUAUUGGGAGAUCGAGAUGAACUCCACGACAUUCACGACGAUGAUGAUGACGAUGAAAACACUGAUAUGGUCGAUACCUUCUAAAAAAAAUUAUCCGAUUCAUGUAAAUUCCGUCAGUCUGGAGUUUAUCCGUUGCAAUUUUGAAGAAAAAGGAAGAUGAGGAUGAUUUUACGUACACAGUAGUAUUGAAACUUUAAACAAAAAUGUUGGACAACAUCCGGUGCUUAAUUGACUGAAAUAACAAAACCAGGUAACGUGAGGAAAUCAAUAAAAGAAAACUCAGUCUAUAAGCUUUUUUCCAGAAGUGAGACAAUUUUUUUCUUAAAAAAGGAAAUACAAUAACGCACGAGUUUUUCAUCGCAGUAAGUCUGAUUUUCAGACAUAAAAAGAAAGACAUUUAUUAAUUAAAAUCCUAAAUUUUUUUUGACAUUUUUUAUGCGAAAAAUAAUUAUAUUUUAGGUUCUACAUGAUUCGAACAAUCCGCAAUGCGUGAGGAAAUGAUGCGAGUACAAAAAAAUUAAGGAUAACAAUCGAUUUUUAUUUUGAGCAAACGGUCGUCAAGGGAAUUUAGGGGUUUAGAUUUAAGAAAAACGCAUUCUUUGGUAGUGGUGAUAUUUGAAAAAUCUCAUCGUAAGUAGAGCUCUUGAAGAUUUCUUGCAUAAAUUCUCGAAUAGAAAUAGAAAUUCGAAAUACAGUAUAUGUUAACGCACCGUUGGUAUUUUUCAGCAUCAUUACUCAAGAAAAAAACGGAAAAUGCUUCAAACGCUAACACAAAUGUCAGCAAUUUCAUCUCCUUAAAUAAUUUUGUCAACAGCAUUUCCGUCAGCAACUUUUGUCGUCUCAAGGGCAAUUAAUUUCGCAAGCAAACUACUGUAUUAUCCGAAGCAGAGUUCUCUAUUCUAAUUGAAAAUCGAAUGUUGCCCCGAGUUCAUGGUGAGAAACAAAAAUCCAUUAGCGUUGUAUCCAAUAUCCGUGAACGACACUAUUUAGCAUUAUAUCUGUAAAUAGUGCUUGAGUGGAAGUUUAAUCAAGUAUUUCGCCUUUUAUUUCUAUUUUUUGUUUGUUUGUUGAUAAAACAUGAUAUACCGUAGUACAGUAUUUGAAGUGAUUCACGGAGGAAGUAGCAGAGGAGAAAAAAACAGUGUGAUCCCGUUACUUCCAUCGAAUGAAAUGGGCAGCAAUAAAAAAAAAGGAUUCCAAAACGCA